CGUCCUCCAGCUGCGCCAGGGCUGUUGGGGAUGGGGAGCUGUCUCCGCUGGCGCUGACGACCAGGGUUAUAACACUGCAGUUUUCUUUCACGACGUGAGCUGCAGAUAUGGCAGGCAUACGGAGGAAGAACGGGAAAUACCAGUGCCUGAGCCCCGCCGUCAGCUGUUCCCGUCUGCGUCAGGUACAGGCUUUAUUGAGUGAUGCCAGCAAAUGCAGACCAGAUGGGAUCUUGUGUAUACUGGGCAUUGACAGCAGAUACAAUGAAGGAUGCAGCGAACUGGCCAACUACCUGUUCUUUGGCUUGUACAACCAGACAAACCUGGACCUGGAGCAUUCAGAGUUCCCAGAGGAGGUUCUCGAUGACGUCAUUCUGCUAAUUAAGGCAGAGAGUGUCCACCUGUACUGCAAUCCUGUGAAUUAUAGCUCCCUGCUGCCGUAUGUGGGCCACUGGAGAAACCUGCACUUCCACUGCAUGACUGAGACUGAGUACGAAGAUGAGGAGGCGGCGGAGGAGUUCAAAAUCUCCAGCUUUGUGAACAUGGUUCAGGACUGCAGCCGCAUCGGAGUGCCUUACAGCUCUCAGGGACACAUUCAGAAGUUCGACAUGUUUGUCGUAGAGAAGUGGCCGAUCAUCCAGGCCUUUGCCCUUGAAGGAAUCGGUGGAGGUGGUUUCUUUACAAUGAAACAUAAGCUGAUUGAUGUGAGCGAGACACUCUGGCAGAUUUACAGUAAAGUGGACCCCGUUGCCCUGGAGAUUCUGCUUACAGAGGGUCUGGUGACCUUUGAAAAACAGUGGUUCAGCUUCUACUCCAGCUUUGACAUUGAAAGCCAUUCAUCCAUCCUGGAGCUGUCUGAAGCACAGGCUGGGGAGCCCUUCCGCAGUUAUUUCUCACAUGGCCUGAUUUCUAGCCGCAUCACUGAUAAAAGUAAAAGCAGGCAGCCCUUUUUGCUGUUUGGGAGCCACUCUACCAGAGAUGACCUGAACAACUACUGUUUCACCUUUCCUUCAGAGGUUCACCAGGUCAGAAACACUGGGCCUCAAGGAACUGCUGCCAAACACAUGGUAGUUCAAUGUGUGGCACCCAAAGGACCCCUGGCGUGUGCACGGACCUGCUUCUUCGGAACCACUCAUGUACCAUACCUGGGGAAUGACAAUGAGCAAAACAAGAAAACUGAGCUUAUGGUUGUGUCUCAGAUUUACGAAGCUGCAGUGCAGGCGGUGCUGGCUGGCAUCAAGUGCUUUUCUUGCACCUUCAGUCUGGCAAAGGCAAAGGAUCUUGCAGAGCAGACAUUCCAGUUGUCCUUGGACUUGCAUUCCCUAUCCCAGUAUAAAAAAGCUCUCAGAUCUAAAAUUUUGUUUGACAUUCAAGCUGUGAAUAAUGUUGGAAGGUGCAUUCCUUUAGAAAAUGAAGACAGUCAUUUCUUAGUGAAAACUGCAUCUUUGACAGUGUACGACAUUCCAGAUCUGCUGGGUGGGAGAGGGACCCUGGGCUCUGUGGUUUUCUCUGAAUCGUUUUUGGAGUCCAAUAUAUGCAUUCAAGAGCAAGAUGGCAGUGUGUCCUCAGACAGCUGUUUUGUGGUGUUGACAGCAGCUAUUCCCCAAUACAUCUCUUGGCUAGUAGAGGACACUGAUGUUAAACUGUCAGAACAGGCGCAGCUGCUGCUGAAGGUGGACGGGGAGACGUGCCUGGGCAGUCCCCUCUCCACUGGGGAGACAGCGGUGAUCUGCUCCAGCAGCCUGCUUGCUACGCCUCAGGAAGGAAAAGUCAGUUUCUUCUCGAAAGGGAUUCUCUUUGUUCAUCCUCACUAUGGCAGCGUCACCCUCUCCAAGAACCUCUUCAGUGCUCUGAAGUUUUAUGAUGGAGAUUCUCCUGGCGUAGUGGCGAUUGUGUUUGUGGAGUACAAGAGCUCCCUGCUCACUCACCUGCCUUUCCAGCUUCAUUGUGCCUCCCAUUGUUUGGCUUUUGCAUUGCAGCCCAAGUCUAAGAGCUACAGAAAUUUCUAUUCACUGGUGCUGUCUCCAUGGCAGCAGCAAUCGUCGGACUCCGGCCCUGUGCUCCAGAAUGUGCGGCGUGAGCAGCUCUCGCAGGAGCAGAGAGCCAUACACAUGAGACUCAGUGCACUUUAUGAUGGCUGCUCCUCUCCAGCUGGAGAGCAGCAGAGCCACCUGAAAGCAGUCUGCACAGAGCUGCCUGAGCUGGAGCUAUUUCUGCAGCAUUACGCUAUCAGCACUGUGGGUGACGAGCCAGUGGAUAGAUCCCACCUGCAAGCCCUUUUUCACCAUUCCCAAUCGCCUACCAACUUUCAGGACACCAUGGAGAAGAUUGUUAUAACGGUGAUCAUGGGCUUGCCCAGCAGCCACAAGGAUAAUCUUUGCAACUUCCUAGUCAACCUAAACAAGGAAUUUGGAAGGUGGUUGAUGUAUUGCCAGGCUCCAGACGGCUGUGCCUCCUUCAGCCCUGUGCACUUCCAGCGGUACCUGUCCAGCCUCCUGGAGAGCCAGAAUGGGCGCAGUGCUCGCCACUCCACCUACACACGCAAGAGAGCCAGGCUGCUGGUGCUCACACCAGGAUACACAGAUGCCAUUGAAGUUGUGCAGGCCUUGCAGUCCCACCCCGACCCAGGUGUCCAGUCUGCCUUCACGAUAGGCGCGGUCACAGCUUGUGUGGAUCCCCUCAGCUCCUACAUGGAACACAGGUUUCUUUUCCCAAAACUACUGGAGCAGUGUUCUGAAGGUGUGGUGAGCAGUGUGGUGUUCACAGGCCUGACUGAGGAAAAGAAACACCCGCUGUUGCAGCAAGUCCAGCACCUGGUGAGAGCUGCCAACCCCAGUGCUGUCUUCAUGCUGGCCGAGAAGGGCGCGGUCACCAGGAAUGAAGAUGUGGAGCUGAUUUUGUCCGAAACCAGUUUUUCAGAACCCCAGAUGCUGAGAGCCAGAUACCUCUUGUAUCCUGGCUGGAGCAAAGCCAAGUUUCGAUCUGGACCCACGUUUCCACCGAUUAUCCAGAUGGGCAUCCGCUUUCACCGGCCUCUUGAAAAGCCACACUUCAUGACUAGAUGCAAAGCUUUAAAAUCAUCCUUGAAACCUAAUCCAUUUUCUGGAAAUGUGUACAGCAUUCGGGGGAGAGUCCGAUUUUCUGAUUCCGAGAAGCUGGUAGAUGUGAGCCACAGCACUCUGACGAACAGCCUGAGCCUCCACCCCGUGCAGGAUGGGCCCAGCCCCCCGCCGCAGAGCAGCGAGCUGUGUCAGGAUGGCCCCGACUGCUUCCUGCUCUUUGAGGGCGCUGGCCUGAGUGAGGGCACCCUGAAGGACUGGCUGCGGCAGUGUGCCAAGCAGAGACCUCUGAAGAAGGCCUUGAAGAAGCAUGAGACCUUGACCAUGCAGGAGAUCAAGAACAUCCAUGUGGCACGACACUUGGACCCCCUUCCACCUGGGUACUACUAUAAUGGGACCCAGUUUGUAAACUACUUCGGGGAGAAAAUGGAUUUCCAUCCAUUAAUGGAGCAGUUCAUUGAUGAGUAUGUGGAAGAAGUCAACAAAGACAUCGAGCGCUACAAUCGAGAGCUGGAGCAGCAGGGCUAUAUGGACCUGUUUGACCCCUAGGGGACUCCGUCCGGGUCAGCCACGUCCCAAAGGUCAAUGGUCAUCCACGCAGUGCCACCACCACUCUAAAGGGGGUGUGGGUGGGGAGCUUAAUUGCUUUUGUUACCAUUUUUUCCCUAAUAGCCAUAGGAACAGAUAUCUGUCACUUCAAACCAUAGAAGUCCUGACCUGAUCUGUGCAAUAGUAAAGGUCCACAGAUAUAAAAGAAGAUGUUGUGUUACACUAUCUGGAAUUGAUGCAAUUUUGUAAAUAUGUUUUUGAAAAUGAGUAAUACUGCUGCAGUGAUUACAUAGCUUAGUGUCUUUGAUGUGUAUAGUUAUUAGAGGUUUGUAUUAGGCUUGUAGAACCUUACAUUGAAAUCAUAUUCCAAAACCUCUGCUGGGUUUUCUGAAAAUACAACUCUCAGCAGUUACUUGAUACUGUGUCCUCCUAUUCUGUUUAUCCAAUUGACACUUGUGAGGGAAACAGAUAUAGAUGUUUCAUAGACUAUGGCACUGUGAUACUCAAACCUGGAGGCAUAAUGCCUUCUGUCUAGACUAGUUUGUAACUACUGUAGAAUAAACAGUUAAAACCAAGGAGUGACAUUACAAUUUGGGGAUAAUGAUGAGUGACUUUGCAUAUCUAGCUUAAUGGAGCAAUUCUGUCUGCUUCUAGUACUCAAAAGUUGUCAGUAACACAACAGUGGACUUAAAAGUAAUCUGUUCAGGUCUGGACUUCUUAUCUUGAAACUGUGGUGGGCAAAUUUAGGCUAUUGUCCUUUAGCUAUUGUUGUGUGUUUCCUUUCAGACCUACUGCUAGAUUGACAUUCCCCAAGUAGAAUGUUUGUUUGGACCAACUAGAGCCUUUUUUACCUUCCACAUUCACUACUAUUUGGUAGAAGAUUUGUUGAAGCUGUGUUCCAUUGCAAAAUGUGAGACACCUUUUUUGCACAAAUGUCUGUUUUAGUCAUAGUAGAAGACCAAUUGUUUUUUUGUUUCUGUAUUAUUUAAAAACUAUUUUUAUUGCAUUCCUGAAAGAUACAGAGGGAUGAUGUCUUUGCAGGGAUGCAAAACUACAGUAAAUGUUGCCCCAUCCCAUUUUUAUUCCACACCACACAUAUACGAGCUAAGAGUCCAUGACAUUGGGUAUUAGGGUGGGCUGGGUUUGGGUGGGGUUUGUGUGUUGAGGCUGGAGGUGGUGACUUUGGUAUUCUUUAAGAAUACCUAAAGAAUAUCUUUGUGCAGUGAAGCACAGCAGUAGUAGAAACUGUAAUAGCACGUACUAAAGCUGAUACAUUACCUGUGCUAUGCAUGAGAUGUGUUUAUCUACUGAAAUGAGCACCUUUGUGGCUAAUGUAGCUAGUAAUUGUAACAAAAGGGGGUUAUCAGUGUUAAAAUAACAGCUGAAUUUAUGAGACAGCAAAAUACAGUAACCAUAUUGGAUCUGUUUUAUGGUCAAAUCUUUGUUAUUCCUAGAGAAAAUGCAACUGUUCUUUAGAGGUUAUUAAUUUUUCAUGGAUAAUUUAAGUUUGCAUCAGUAAUACAAUCUAAAAAAUGAUAUGCUGAUACUUGACUGCUACAAAGAGAAAUGAAAACUAACUUUGUACUGUGGAUAGUCUGAAAUCUGAAUGAAUACAUGCUGUCCAUGGAGUAAAGAUAUUGAAGCAAAGUACAGGACAAUAUGUCACCUCACUGGCAGAAUAAUACAUAGGCGAGGCUGUCAUGUGUGAUAGAAUCAGUAUUACAGGAGAUAACUGGUUGCACAAAUGGUUUUGAUUUACUUUUUUACAUCCUUCUCCAUCAGUUGCUACAAUAAUCGUCACGUCUCAGUUCUGCGCUGUUUUGUACUAGCCUAAGUAUCUCUAAUUGAAAUUAUUACGUUUAAGAAAGAGCUACAUUUUCUUUUGGAAGUUGAUCAUAAUUAAGACAGAAAAUGUCUUUUGCACUGCAAGCUGAAGGCAUUUAUCUAGUUCAGUUAAGUCAGCAUUCCAUGAUUACAAAUCUUCUGAGCACUCUCGUAAUAAAACGUUUUAAAUAGCGGCUUCACAGGCUGCUGAAGCAGAAUUUCUAAGUGCCAAGUUAACUCUGCCAAAUAAAGAUCCUUCUGACAAUAAUACCGGUCCCGAAGAUUUGAAGUUUGAGAACAUUGUAAUGCUCUUUCUUAGAAAGCAGAACUUGCAAAUACAUUUGUGUAUUUGGAAUCUGCAGAUGUGCAUGUAUAUAAUGACAUUGUGGAAAACUCCCACAAUUAAUAUCUGACCUUUCAGUUUACCAGGUGUCUGUAUUGCCUCCAAAGCCUUUUAAAGUACUUGAGAUUCAAAUUGUAUAGAAGUCUGAAGGAUUUGAUGUCCCUUGCUUUGAGAGGGGAGCAUAUUAUUUUACUGGCGGCUUAUGUAGGUAUGAUAAAGAUUUGACCUUGAAGCUACAUUUGUCCACGGCUAACUGUAGCAGCCUUCCAUUCCUAGAAAGAGGAGGGCACAAAUUAAGAAUAGAUGUUUGUGACCAAAGAUGCUUCAGCACCAGAAAACACUGCUGGCCCCUUAUUGCCUGUGAACUCCAGAUGUUAUUAUCUGAUCAAGCCAUAUGCUUUAAAGCAGUAGUUGUGCCACGGUUGUCUCUAACUCUAUUGAGAAAAUGCAAAUGAAAAUCCUACAAACCAGUUGUGUCUACUUCCUGGAGGGACAGCUGUCUUUCACAGUCCAUUAAGACCCCCAGGACAAGCAGCCUCCUGGGAGACCCUCCCUGGUGGCUUCUGGAUGUGGGGCAAAAUCACUGUGGUGACACCACACUCCUAUUGGGCUGUUAGCAGCCAAGGACAUUUUACUAAUUAAGCUAUAUAAGCUUUGCUUGUACACCUUCAGAAUACUCUUUAAGGACUGCCACUGUAAGCUAAAACACAGAUAGAUUUUUUCAUCUUUAAGCGCACUGAAUGUUAGCAUAGCUAGCAUGAGAAGCAUACAAGGUCCACUGAGAUCUCGGACUAAUCUCCUGUUGUGUCCAUUUGGCCUUUUCUUCUUCUUGUCCCUCCCAGCUGUCUAACCCUGUAUUCGUGUAUACUUUACUUUGGAAACAUGUUCCUUUGGAUGAAGUUAUGUGAAAAGAGAGGGUUGUCCAUCAGUUUGGCUUGACUGAUUUCUUUGUGGGUCCUUCAGCGUGCCAGGCACAUGUUUGAUUUGUGCUCAGCUUAAAUACCUCAGGAGUAGUUUACUGAAAACAUUUCCCCUUUAUAAUUUGUGUAUUAUUACAAGGACCUUUUAAAACUAUAUUAUUGUUUCCAUGUGCCCAUUUUAAAGGAAAAACAUCCCUUUGUUGAGUGAUAUCUGGAAUAUUUAGUCAGGCAAGUGGUCCUGGUGCUCUAUAAACAGGAUAUCAUUGUCUACAGCUAGGAUUCAGAAAGCACAGAAAACCCAAAGCAGUCAUUCCUAGCAGGCAGAAUAUGUACACGUCACUUCCUUAAAAACGAAGCAGAAAAUGGGACAUGCGUAGGAACUGUGAAUUUAAGUGGGAGUGUGCAUUUCAAUCGUAUCAGUGCGAGAUGAAGACCACCUGAGAGGAACAUGUUACUGAUGCAGUUUAUGCGGUCCUCAAAGGGUCUGAAGGAUUUAUAUUAUACUAUAUAUAUAUUAAAUUAACAAUACAUAAUAGCACAUUCAAACUGCAUGUCUAUUAAUGGUUUAUAAGGUCUAUUUAUUCUCUUUACAUGGCCUUUCACCAAACUGGUACUUUGAAAACAAAAAACAUUUUACAUAUCUGGUGAAGAUUGAAUUACCUCUACAUUAUAUAAUAUUUUUGUAAUGCUGUGAAUUAAAAACUGGGUAUAGAAAUUCCUUUUUCUAAUACAAAUAUGAAACUAAAGGAAAAUUCUGAAAUAAAACAAGCACGCGAGACAUUUCUUUGUUUUCUGUCCAGCAGUGCCUUGGUAAUGGCAAAGCGAGGAAGCUGGAGAUGUGCGUCUCCUGUCUCCCUGCAGGAAUAGGAGCAGGGGCUGUCUCCAAACAGUGUUGGUGAAAGGAGUAUUGAAGUCAUUCUUAAACAAGUGCUAUAAUCAGCUAGAAGUAAAGCUGUGCAGAAUGGAGGCCACUCGAGGGACAAAUUUAUUUCAGAAAUAGCUGCAGGAAGAGUGGAAGCUAUUUCUGAGCCUCUGAUAAGUCUACUAGAAAGCUUCCUGAGGUGCUCCUGUAGCCUGUUGGAAAGGGAUAUAUGUGAUUUGAAAACAGAGUAAAAAAAUGUUAAAAGAGCUUUGGUUUGGACCCUAAAAUGGAAAAGGCUGUGGCCUGCCUGUGAUUGGAGCUGUGUAGCCCCUGUUUGCACAGGAGCCCCAGCACAGACCUCAAGUAGUUGUCCUGCUCUGCCAGCUUUGUUUUUGAUUGUUUUUAACUAAAUGCAUUGUGUUCUUGUUAUCUGGAGGCUAUCGGUCUAGACGCUGAAGUUAUAGGACUAAAAAACAUUUAAUGUGAAAGGGAAAGGCAUUUUUUGAGGAAAAAUGCUUGGUUGAUAAACCUGAGAUGUUCCAGUUUGAGAGUUUACUUUUUCUUUUAAGGGUUGAAUCGGUUUAUAGAAGGGCCAGAAUUAGGAAUAUAUGCACUUUUUAAAGAAAAUUGGAAUUCAUAUAUAUAUAUAUUUCUAAUGUUUUUCAAUCAAUUUUUUUCUAAUUUAAUUUGCAAACAGGUGGCUUGUUCCCAACACAAAAGGCCUCAUUGAACCCGUUCUUACACGGGCAAGAUUGUUGCCAUAGGGGUUAGUGCAUAGAUUUAGAUUGAAAAAGCCACAAUAGUGGAAUGUGGAGUACAUUUCUUCACUUUUGUUUUCAUCUGAAAAGGUUUUUUUUAAUUUGUGAAGCUUUUAAAAACUUCACAAUCUGUGUGAUGCAUUUAUUUCCACAUGGCCAGAAGAGCCAAAGAUAAAUGAGCAAUCCCCCUAGCUAAUAUUUACCAUACCCCCUGGAAGUAAGUGAUGUAUUAACUCAGGUUUGUAUUCUAUGUUACACUUCCUUUCCAUGUGGCUGCCAUGAAAAAACAGAUCUGUCUUAGCUCAAUACCAUAUUGUGGCAUAUUUACCAUGUCAACAACUUUAGUAACACAUUUGAUGCGCCAUCCUAGCACUACCCUAAUCAAACCAUUGUAGGAAGAUUGCUUUCUUCUGUCCUGUUGUCUUGACUGAUCAAGAUCUCCAUUAUUAGUUAUUAGUUUUCUCACCUGAAGGAAACUAAAACAGAUUGAGAUGAGAUGCUUUUUAAGUUUGUCCAGGCAGAUGUUAGCACAAAUCCUUCUGGCUUGUAUAUCUCUUUCCCAUGUCCAGGCUAUAGAUAGUUGCCUCCAAACAUAAGCGAAAAUAUGUUUAAGCUUUGUUGGCUGUUAAAUCAAUAGAACCUUUGAUCUUCAUUAGAAGAACCCCUGUCAACAUCUUUUAGCAUUCAAGAGGUGGUUGUAGAAAUGAGGCUAGUGUUAUUGUGCCUCUGUUCUCUCAAUCUUAACUUUUCUGGGAACAAGCCUACCUGACCAGCAAGAUCAAUCGAGAACAAUUUGCACAAGUGGUUCCAUCCUGAAUGCCAACUGGUUUUGUUGCCCAGACAGGAUGGGCCUUUUCAAAGUCAGAAGUGCUCUGUCAGAAGAUGUUCUGAUUCAAUAAGUUCCAAAGGCUCCAGUUUUUCAGUGGUGACUUUGUAAGCAUAAAUUUAAAAAUACUUACCUCAAUGCUGUAUUAAAAAAUUCAGCCAAUUUGAAAACAAACUUUCAAAUUGAAAAUCUUUACAAGGAAUUCAGGAAAUUAUACUUGUGACUUGAAAAGUGCCAAAAUAUUUUAAUGGUGUUUUUUUCUGUUUUGUUUUAUUUGGUGGUGUUAAUAAAUUUGAAAAAAAAAAUUAAAUUGAACUGCAUUUGCACAAAACUACUGUAACUUCAGUUGAACUGGUUUUCCUGUGACUGAUGCUUUUUUAAUCUUAGAAUUGUAUUUAUUAUACUAAGUAAUCCAUUUUUAAAGCUAUUGUUAUUGUUCUAUUUUCUGUUUAUUUUUGUAUUAUUGAUAGUUCAGCUGUUCUUGAAGGUUUUCCUUCUGUUUUCCACUGUUGUAAUGCAAUUUAAAACCAAUAAAUACACUAGUGUUUCACCGA